AUGGUGAUGAGUCGAGCGAAGGUAACACCAUUGAAACAGCUGUCGAUUCCGCGUUUGGAACUUAUGGCAGCGGUACUCGGUGUACGACUAUCACAGACAGUACGGGAAAAUCAUACCUUCUCCAUUAGUCGAGUGGUCUUCUGGGUAGAUGCGGAGGUGGUGCUAUCGUGGAUUCGAUCCGAUCAGCGCCGCUACAAGCAGUUUGUCGGUUUCCAUAUCGGAGAGAUCCUGAGUUCGACAAGGAUUGCAGACUGGUGGUGGGUACCGACGAAAUUGAACGUUGCAGACCAGCUAACGAAGUGGGGCAAGGAUCCGAAAAUACAUCCGAACAGCUCGUGGAUAAAAGGGCCGCAGUUUCUGUACAUCAGUGAGGAAGGGUGGCCGAAGAAGAAUCUACCGCCGGCGAACAUGACGGAGGAACUCCGGGUUCAUCUCCUGCUGCACGAUGUGAAGGUGCCAGCGAAUUUGGUAGAUGCAGACCGCUUCUCGAAGUGGACGGUGUAG